UUCUGAAAUAAGGUAGCAUGUAUGGUACGUGAAUUUAGACGAUACCGUAACAUUUAGGUUAAUCAUAACAGAAGCAUUAAACACGUUUUAUUAAUUCAACUUCGCUUGAAUUUUCUAGUAAUAAUUUUUUCUUGAUUCGAUAUAAAGUACCGUAAAAUAUGGUCGUGUUUACUUGUAACAAUUGCGGCGAAACGUUACAAAAGCCGAAGGUUGCAAAACACUACGAAUUUCAGUGCCAUACCGCGCCUUUUUUAACGUGUAUCGACUGUUUUAAAGAUUUCCGAGGAGAGGAAUACGUAGCUCACACAAAAUGUAUAACCGAGGCUCAACGAUACGGAGGAAAAGACUACGUACCGAAAAUCGGAGCAAACAAGGGCGAACGAAAGCAACAAGAAUGGAUUAAUAUUGUAAAUAAUAUAUUGAAUAGCAAAACCAUAUUGUCAAAUGCGGAACGAAGUUUUCUACAAAUCCUAUCGAAAUUUGAGAAUAUUCCACGAAAGAAGGGAAAAUUUUUGAACUUUGUACAAAAUGCUUUGGGUCAAAAAAUAAAUUCAACGGUGGUUGAGAAGGUUUGGACUAUAAUGGAAACUGAUUAUAAAAACAAUUCGCAAAAUGUAACGAAUAAACAGCGGCAGGAAAAUGGUAAAACGGAUCAUAAGGAAGAUGAUAAAAAAGAUUUAACCGAAAAUCAAGAAAACAAUGCUAUUGAAAAUCAAAAUAAUGAAAAUAUAUGUAAAGAGAAUCUAACCGAAGAUCAACAGAAUGGAAUUAAUGAAUCUAAUAAUGCUGAUACAAAUACUGUUAAUAAUCUUAAUAAAAAGAAAAGAAAGUUAUCUAAAACAGCAGGGAAACAAGUAGAAAAAUCUAACUCCAAAAAGAAAAGUAUAAAUGCUUCUAUGGAAGAACAAACAGAAAAAUCAAGCCCGGCGAAAAAAAGUAAAAAUACUGUGCUCUCUGAAUCGUCGAUUAAUCAAUGCGAUGAUACUAUAGAAAAAUUAACCUUUGACUGGAAAGGUACUAUUUUAGAUGUAGUUAAAAAUAAAGGAGAAAUUUCCUUAAAGAAAUUGCAAAAGAAAGUCAUUUCGCGAUACAUGGAGUUCUGUUCGAAUACGGUAACGAAUGAAAAAGCAUCUGGUAAAUUUAAUAAAAAGCUAAAAAAAGUGCCAGAAAUAAUAAUUUUGGAUGAAAAAGUAAAACUAGCUUAAUUUAUAAAUCAUAAGUCGUUUAAGUAUUACUGCCCCGAUUUUUCGUAAAAAAAAUACAAUAAAAACUGUUAUUUAUAAUGUCACUGUAUGCAAUUAUUACCACAAGAACUAAGCAUUACCUUCCAU